GUUAGCAACGCCAGUUGUCGCUAAAAGCGCGAACCGGCAAGAUAUGUGACAGUAAAUUACUUUGUUCAUUUUUCAUCCUACCUUUCAUUAUCUACAUUUAUACAAUUUGUAUAAUUGCGCAGUUAAUGAUAUCAAUUCAGUAUUCUGUACUUUGAUUUUCUCUUCACCCAGAAUUUCAACAAUUGUCAGUUCUGUCAUUGUAACUCUGUCAGAAAUUUUGAUUCCGAGGGAAAAUUUAUACUGAACUAACCGUCAUCGUCUUCGUGACAUUUAUUCCCCCACAUAUUGUUGCUCUGUUGAUGAUAAAGCACAUUUAUGGAAUAUAUUGUGAUAAUAAUUUAGUAAAAUGGCAUCAAAUUAUAAAAAUAGUGAUGGGACAUCUAAAGUUCUAGUACCAGUGUUGCUUUGUGCCUUUGCGAUACCAGUUUCCAUGCUCUUUUGGAUCAUUAAUUUAAUAUACUCUGUUCUUACACCUGAUAGCGAACAUAACAAUGAUGGAUAUUCAGUCAUUUCUCCAUGGAGAUGGUUAUCUGCUGUGCUUAUACCAAUAUUAUUCACCGGUUGGGGCCUGAAACGGAAGAGUUUGGAUCUUAGCGGAGCAUUCUUGGGUCUGUUCACGGGAUUUGUUCUUACUUUAUCAAGUUACACGCAUGUGGCGUGUUUAAUGGCAUUCUUUUUCACCUCUUCAAAAGCUACUCACUUCAGAGCCAAUAAAAAAAGAAAGUUGGAACAGGAAUUUAAAGAAGGAGGUCAAAGAAAUUGGAUACAAGUAUUAUGUAAUGGAGGAAUGGCUACUCAAUUAGCUCUACUCUAUUUGCUGGAUGUUGGAUGUGGCGAACGCCCAAUAGACUUUGACAAAGACUACAGAAGUUCUUGGUUAUCGAUUGGAAUAUUAGGUGCCUUUGGCUGCUGUAACGGUGAUACUUGGGCAUCAGAACUUGGUACUGUAUUGGGGAAUACUGAACCAUUCUUGAUCACCACAAGGGAGAAAGUACCAAAAGGCACAAAUGGAGCUGUGACCUGGAUUGGACUUUUCGUUUCUUUGUUGGGAGGACUAGUAGUAGGGCUAUUCAAUUAUAUUGCAAUAUUAUAUACAGUAGAUACGAUAGCGUUGCAGUUAGCUGCACCCCAGUGGCCAAUAAUAAUAGCAGGCGGUUGUGCCGGGCUUCUAGGUAGCAUAAUAGAUUCGAUUCUAGGAGCUACCUUACAGUAUUCUGGUAUCGAUGAUAAUGGCAGAGUCGUGGAACGUCCAGGCAAAGGAGUAAAACACAUAAGUGGCAAACAAAUAUUUGAUAAUCACAGUGUGAAUCUCUUAUCAAGUAUAAUUAUGGCUCUAACACUCCCAAGAUUGGCGAAUAUAUUCUGGCCCUGAUGCUCAUUCGUCUUCUUUAAAGUUGCCAGGUAUAACGUAGCUUAGUUUUGUCUUAUGAAAGGAUAAAAUGGAACUCAUUCUCGUUAUUUGUUGUUCACUGAUGAAUCUUGAACAAGUCAUUGAAUGUUGAAACGUUUGAGGAUUUUUUGUCUUUAUUUUUGUAUUUCUUUUGGAUCAAAAGUUUUGAUAAUUCUGAAGGUAGUUGUAGAGCGGUGGCUCCUGUAUGUAUUAAUCUACAGUCACCUAUGAAAAAAUUUAAUGAACAAUGUUACCUGAUUUGGAAUUGUUAGUAUUUUUCUUUAUUUCUUUUUUUUUUAUACAUUAUAAAAUGGAUAGAUAUUAAUACAUACGGUUGACAUUCCGUCUGUGUUCUGUGGAAUAACACAACGCAUGUAAAAAAAUUGUAAUACGUACUUGCAGCUCUGACGAUAUAUUAUCGAUUUAAUCAAUGGCAGCCUUGUAUAAAAUAGCCUUAAGAAAUAUACGCAUAUUUUAAUACCUGUA